AUGGCAUCUGACAAAAAAUCAAGAUCAGUAUCAACGAAUUUGGACGAAUCGUGGAAGCAUUUUGAGCUCAAGGUCAAGGACUCUAAAACCCUUCUUUUCGGUGAGAAAGAAGUUGCUGUUUUCGGAACUAGGAACCCUGAGGAGAUCCCAUGGGGUGAAGUUGGAGCUGACUUUGUUGUUGAGUAUACUAGUGUUUUCACUGACAAGGAUAAAGCUGCUGCUCACUUGAAGGGUGGUGCUAAGAAGGUUGUUAUUUCUGCCCCAAGCAAAGAUGCACCAAUGUUUGUUGUUGGUGUUAACAAGAAGGAAUACAAAUCAGACCUUAACAUUGUUUCCAAUGCUAGCUGCACUACCAACUGCCUUGCUCCCCUUGCCAAGGUUAUCAAUGACCGAUUUGGAAUUAUUGAGGGUCUUAUGACCACUGUCCACUCCAUCACAGCUACUCAGAAGACUGUUGAUGGUCCAUCAAGCAAGGACUGGAGAGCUAAAAGAGCUGCUUCCUUCAACAUCAUUCCCAGCAGCACUGGAGCUGCCAAGGCUGUUGGAAAGGUUCUUCCAGAACUAAACGGUAAAUUGACCGGAAUGUCAUUCCGUGUUCCUACCGUUGAUGUUUCAGUUGUUGACCUCACUGUCAGGCUUGUGAAGAAUGCAACCUAUGAGCAGAUCAAAGCUGCUAUCAAGGAGGAGUCAGAGGGUAAACUCAAGGGUAUUUUGGGUUACACUGAAGAUGAUGUUGUAUCUACUGACUUUAUUGGUGAUAGCAGGUCUAGCAUAUUUGAUGCCAAGGCAGGAAUUGCUUUGAAUGAAAACUUUGUGAAACUUGUUUCUUGCAUACAUGAUUUUUCACCUAAAUGGGCUUAUGCUGAAUCAGAAAUUCAGGUGUUUAUUAUUGGAACAGUUUUGAAGAGUAAACCAAAUGUGGAAACAUGUAACUGGUCUUGUAUGUUUGGGGAAGUUGAAGUUCCAGCUACUGUUUUAGCUAAUGGAAUUCUAUUCUGUCAAGCUCCACCUCUUGAGAUUGGACUGAUCCCUUUCCACGUAACUUUUUCCAAUAGAUUUGCUUGUAGUGAAGGUACCAGAAAGUAUAUUAAGUUGAAACGUAAGACAGAUGCUGAUCAAUCUAGUUCUGGAACUCCUAAGAAAUCAAAAACUGAACAUGUUCCCUAUGCUGAUAAACAACCGAAUCCUGGCACGGGCCUUGGGAAGGUGGUUCUAAAUGCAAGAGGCAGUUUACCAACAAAGGCUAGCAGAAAGGAUGUGAGGAAGUAUGAUGAUUUUGGCUUACCCAUUGAUGAUGAUGAUAGCUGA